AUGCUCGAGUCUAGUGUUACUGAAAUUGCUGUUGCGGCUGUCACCGUCGCUGUCGGCGCCGCAUUCUACUUUGGUGCGCCCAAACCCUCGGCGGACGGCACGGUCGAACCAGACCAAGAGCAAACAAGCACAAAGGCCACAUCCACCUCGAAAAAAUCAGGCAAAAAGAACAAGAAAAAGUCGUUGCCUGGGAACAUUGUACGAGCGACAUCAGGCGAAGACACCGCCGCCGAAGAGCCUAUUCCGCUCAAACCACAGCCACCACAGCCACAGCAAUCACAACCACUACCGCAACAGAAAGAAAAGGAAGUGACGCCCAAGCCCGAGGUUCCGCCAUCGAGCUCAACAGCGUCGAAAAAGAAGAAGAAGAAGAGCAAGGCACCGGUGUCGAGUAUCGAAACGACGUUGGCCCAGGCUCAGACCCAGCCGAGUGCGAGUGCUUACGAAUCGUCGAGUGCCAACGACGGAGCAUGGACACGCGUAGAGACAAGGAAGAGAGGAGGCAAGUCAGGGGCUGUGCUCAGCGAUGGACUCACCACGUCGGUCACCGGCACCGAAGACGAGGCCGAGGAACAAGUCAAGCAGCCCACACUGGCCGAACGAUUGCUUCCUGCCGGGCGUAAGACAGGUGUUGAAGAUAUGCUUGAAACGCCCCAGUACCCUGAGGUUGCGCGCGUAAUGCGCGUCAAAUCCGAAGGGGAACCUCAGCCUGCGCCGGGAUAUUCAUGGGGCGACUAUGAAGAUGCGGACGAGAACAAGGUCGUUUCCAUGGACGAUGACGAGACCGACGAGGGCGGGUGGGGUGUCGUUAAAAGCCGCAAACCCAAACGUAGCCAAACUGUUACGCAAGCGUCUAGCCAGGCUAAAUCAUCCUCUGACCCCUCUGCACUAACCAAAAAACAACGCCAAAAUGCUGCCAAGCGCGAUGCAACCAAGGCAGCCAAGGCUGAUGCCGAAGAAGACCGAGUUGCCAAACUCCAAGCACACAAACGCGCACUCGAGCGCGAGCGGAUCGCUGAGGCCUAUGCCAAGCCCGCUUCAGGCAAGGGUAAAGCGAGCGGAGGGAUGACUGCCAGCGUCAACGAAAAGGGGAGCCUUGUCUGGGACUGA